AUCGCAAUUAGAUCAAUUCCAACAUGGCCGAUGCCACUGUAAACGACGAAAUCCAAGUUGAAAGAAAACGACCUCAAUUUGGUAAUCGCAUCCUUUCUAACAAUGAUAACGUCUUUCAGCAUAAUGCGUGGUAUGGCAUUACAUUAUUAUACACAGAUUUAUAAUAAAAUUUGCACAAAUUUAUUUCUAACCUAUGUAUCUCGGCAUUGUCAUACACGUUACCGCAAAAAACCACCUGGUGGAUCACGAUAUCUUAUUGAUGGAAAAAGAAUAUUUGAAUUUAACUCCUGGGAUAAUGUGCAAUGGGACGAAGAACAGGAAAAUGAAGCUCGCCAACGUGUUGCAGAUAAUUCAGUAGUUACUGCUUCAUCUGAAGAAAUUUUAAAAUUUGAUAAAGAAGCUGAUGUUUUCUGGGAUAAAUUCUAUGGAAUUCAUCAGAACAGAUUUUUUAAAGACAGACACUGGCUUUUUACGGAGUUCCCAGAAUUGGCACCUAAUAUUGUUGAACAGAAUCUUGAUCAGGCUCUGCGUGUAUCAUCUUUAGAAGGUGAUGCUAACAAUUCUUUGAAUCCUAGGAAUGUUUUGCCUAUGCCAUCAAGAAUAUUUGAAAUAGGAUGUGGUGUAGGGAAUACAGUCUUUCCUAUACUUUCUUAUAAUACAGAUCCUAAUUUAUUUGUGUAUUGCUGUGAUUUUUCCUCAACAGCGAUUGAAAUUCUUAUAGAAAAUUCAAGUUAUGAUUCCUCUAGGUGUAAAGCAUUUGUCCUUGACGCAACACAAGAUGCAUGGAAUGUGCCAUUUGAACCUGAAUGCUUGGAUAUAGUAGUAUUGAUAUUUGUACUGUCUUCAAUUCAUCCAGACAAAAUGUGUCACAUAGCAAAGCAGAUUCAUAAAUAUUUAAAGCCUGGUGGAAUGGUAUUGUUCCGUGAUUAUGGAAGAUAUGACUUGGCUCAAUUACGAUUUAAGAAAGGACGUUGCCUUGCAGAGAAUUUUUAUGCUCGGGGGGAUGGUACCAGAGUUUAUUUUUUUACACAAGCGGAGGUUAAAGAUAUAUUUGAAAACAGUGGCUUUGUUGAAGAGCAAAAUCUCAUUGAUAGAAGACUUCAAGUCAAUCGAGGAAAACAACUAACAAUGUACAGAGUUUUUGUUCAAGGAAAAUAUCGAAAAAGUUUAUGACCGCUGUAGAUAUUUAAAAACGUACAAAAUACAGAUAUUUUCCUGUUUAUACAUUUGA